CCGGCCCCGCCCGCCGGCCGCCGCAAAGCCGCAUCCUCCCGGAGCAGAACCGCUCCCCGCCGGCUGUCCGCAACCUCCGCCAGCGUCCGUCCCUGGUCAGGUGUGGGUGGAAUGCAUCCUUGGGACAUCUUUGCAUAACCCCAUCUAGGAAGAAGUUCCGUGAUGUGUGAACUGUGAGUUUGCUCAAACAAGUCCAACUCUUUAUAAGGCAUAAGUAGACGUCAGGUCUGGGAUGGAAGAGCCAACAGCAGUAGAAGGCCAGGUCCAGCUUCCAAGCCCCCACCAGGGCUCUCUCAGGAAGGCUGUGGCUGCUGCCCUGGCGCUGGAUGGGGAAUCCACAAUAGGGCGCAGGAAAAAGAAGAGGAAAGAGUCACGCCCAGAAUCCAUCAUCAUCUACCGCUCAGACAAUGAGAAAACAGAUGAGGAGCCCGGGGAAUCAGAAGGUGGAGAUCGGCCUAAAGAGGAGGAGGGAGAUGAUUUCCUAGACUAUCCUGUGGAUGAUGAUAUGUGGAACCUGCCUCUGGACAGCCGCUAUGUCACCUUAACUGGGACCAUCACACGAGGAAAGAAAAAGGGUCAGAUGGUGGACAUCCAUGUCACAUUGACAGAGAAAGAGCUGCAGGAACUGACCAAGCCUAAAGAGUCAUCAAGGGAAACGACGCCUGAAGGAAGAAUGGGCUGCCAGAUGGGAGCUGACCGUGGGCCCCAUGUGGUCCUCUGGACGCUGAUCUGCCUGCCUGUGGUUUUCCUCCUCUCUUUUGUUGUCUCUUUCUACUAUGGCACUAUCACCUGGUACAACAUCUUCCUCGUGUAUAAUGAGGAAAGGACAUUCUGGCACAAGAUCUCGUAUUGCCCUUGCCUCAUUCUCUUCUAUCCAGUGCUCAUCAUGGCCAUGGCUUCUUCCCUGGGCCUCUACGCUGCUGUGGUCCAGCUCUCGUGGUCCUGGGAAGCAUGGUGGCAAACUGCCCGGGACAUGGAGAAAGGCUUCUGUGGCUGGCUCUGCAGCAAGCUGGGUCUGGAGGACUGUUCUCCCUACAGCAUUGUGGAGUUGCUUGAAUCCGACAAUAUCUCAAGCACUCUCUCCAACAAGGACCCCAUCCAAGAAGUAGAAACCUCCACGGUCUAAAGUCCCAACAACUUACUUCCUCCUUUGGCCCCAGUAGCCUAUAUAUCAUCUUAAAAUUCCAGCAGAUUCUUUCUUUAAAUUACCCCCUACUCUCUGCAGUUCUUCUGGGAAACCAGAGUCCAUACUGAUCAGUUUUACCAUCUUGAGGGUUCCAGGAGGGCAGGGAGCAGACAAGCAAUUGUGCCAAAGCAGUUCAUCCAAUGGACAAACUCUUUUUGAUUCCCUGCCCUAAAAUCACCAUUUAUCUAGGACAACGGAACUCUGCUGUGUUUCGUUUUGGGAGCCUGGAAGUUUUACUGGUGCCUGGAACUGAGGGGAGUAUGUGACUAAAUGUGUCAGGGAGAGUAAAGAACCUCAGGGGUAACCACAUCCACCAAGAUAAUAGACAGGGAUGGAGUAAGACAUUUAGGAAGCUGGUCUACCACAGUGUAGCAGAAGGUAAAGAUUUGUGUGUAUCAUUUAGAUUUAGAUUUAGCUGCAUAGAAUUAAAACCCUAAAAUAUCAGUGGCUUAAACAAGAUAGAAGUGUAUUUCUUUCUUGUACAGAAGAAGUCUGGAGGCAGACCAUCCUGGGACCCUGUGAAGUAAUCCAGGUCCCAGGCUUCUUCUAUUUCUCUACCAUUAGUAGGAUGUGACCCUUCUCACCCUUAUCCUCAACAUCCCAGUGCUGAUUACAUCUUCAGCCAUCACAUCAUGUUUCUGAUAAAAUAGAGGAAAGGGCAGAGAAGCACACCCCCUUCCUGUUCAAGGAGACUUUGCAGAAGUCCCACUCAAUUCUUAUAUCUCAUUGGCAAGACCUCAGUCACAUGAUCUCAUGAGCAAAAGAGGCUGGAAAUGUUGUUUGGCUGGGUAGCUAUAUUCUCAGCUAAAUAUUGGGUUCACGCCAAUUGGCAAGAAAAAGGAAGAAUGGUUAUUUGGUUUUUGUUUUGUUUUGUUUUGUUUGUUUUGCUUUUGAGACGGAGUCUCACUCUGUUGCCGAGGCUGGAGUGCAGUGGCACUAUCUCGGCUCACUGCAACCUUCGUCUCCUGGGUUCAAGCGAUUCUUGUGCCUUGGCCUCCCGAGUAGCUGGGAUUACAGCUGCGUGCCACCAUGCCUGGCUAACUUUUGUAUUUUUUUUUUAGUAGAGAUGGAGUUUCACCAUGUUGCCCAAGCUGGUCUUGAACUCCUGACCUCAGGUGAUCCGCCUGCGUCGGCCUCCCAAAGUGCUGGGAUUAUAGACAAGAAUGGUUAUUUUGGCCGGGCGCGGUGGCUCACGCUUGUAAUCCCAGCACUUUGGGAGGCCGAGGCGGGCGGAUCACGAGGUCA